GCAGGGAGGGAGGGAAGGUGGUGGGAGGAUUUGUCUCUGUUUGACGUCUAGGGGAAGAGCAUGGUCCCGCUGCUUUGAUUCUGUUGUUUUGUGCAACUGGGUUCUGACCCAUGUCAAUUGUGCUGCGUGAUGUCAUGUCACCCCCCACUUGAUCCAUUUCCGAUGUUCCCGGUUUGAUGUCGAGGCUCUGAGGUUUCAUGUAGCCCGGGCUGCGUCAAUGGUGGUGCCAGGAGCCUUGGGAGUGGUAAUGUUGGUGGUGAGGUUAGGGUGAGAGCGAUGGUGCGGGAUGGUUGAGUUUUAUUGGGUCUUGGCAGGUGAUCAGGGGAAGAAGACAAUUCGGACGUUGUGGCUCUUGAAGCUGUCGGAGCUGGUGAUGUAGGAGUGGGCGGAGCUGGGUUGUUGAUUUGUUUCUGGUCCUGGUUUAGUUCAUUGGAUUGUUGGUUUGAAGAAGGCGGAGGAGGGGGAGGAGGGCUGCACAAGGAGCUGUGGGUAGUGACCCGCAUUGAUUAAGUGGCGCUGUGAGCAAUUUCAUUCAUGGACAAAUUUGUGGUACAUGAAGCUGGCCCUUCCUUUCCACCUAUCCAGCGAGGAUUGCUCUCCAGACAAAAAUGGAAGGCAGCUGCUUAUCAAGUGGAUGGGAAAUUACCAGCUGCUUACAAACAUUUUCUCCUCAAUGCUCUAUUGCAAUCAUAUUCCGAGAUGGGAAGCUUCCCUCAAUCGAAUCUGAGCCGUGAUUUUCCUCCUCCUGUUCACGCACCAGUAUGGCAAGGAUCAGUUGUGGAUACUUUGUCGAGCUUUACUGAGAUAGUAGGGAUGGCUUCGGGGAACACAUUUUUUACAUCAAGGCCAAUAGUAACAUGCGUGGAGUUUGAUGCUCAAGGUGUAUAUGUAGCAUCGGUCAGCAGUAAUGGAUGUCUAUCCAUACAUGACUUUGAAACUUUAUACUGCACUUCUGGAGGUCGUGAGGCAGACAAAGUGAAACCCACUGUCCAUGUACAUACGCGGCACAAACUUGAGGGCGUGCGAUGGAAUCCCAAUAAUCAAGACGAGGUGGCUUGUGUGGCGUCAGGAAGCAGCAGCCUUUAUCUCUAUGAUAUUGCAAGCUAUUCUCAAACUCCACGUCAAAUACUGGAAUACAGGUCUAAACAUCACAGAGGACAACCAGCUAGUCUUUUCGAUCUCUCUUAUUGCACGAUGGACAAAGACAGAAUAAUUGCGUGUGGGAACGACAGCAAUGUGCAUGUCUGGGAUCGAAGGGUUGGAAAAUUGCCCACGAUGUCCAUUCCUGCACCCAUAGCCGGAGAUCUAAACAGUAUUCAGCUCUCAAGAGAUGAGCAGCUUGUUUUCGCAGGAACUGAAGGGGGCCAUAUCAUUCUUUGGGACCUUCGAGGAGGAAGAAAUUCUGCUGCUUUUGUUGCGCCAGGAGAGUCAUAUCAUCCUCCAUUGAGGUCAAUGAAACUAUCCACUCUUCUUCAAGACAUCCCUGACUUGAAGGCCCAGACUAAUAUUGAAAAUAGCUCCAUACAUUCAAUCUCUUUCAGUCCCUCCUGUGGACAUCAUCUCGGCUUUCAUCUCAAUAAUGGAUGGUCGGGGGUCCUUAAUAUAUUGGACUUCUCUGUUACACACAUUCAUUGUCCACCUCCUCCAUGGAUAGAACAUGAGUGUGCUCCUUGGUUGACCAUUCGGCGCAGAAGGCCUGCUUGGCUUACAUCCUACCCUGUUUACGCCGUGGGAUGUACGAUGGAGUGUCAUAUCAACGUAUUGGACUUUACGUCUAGUCCAACGUCUCAAUGCUCUGUGAACAGCAAUAGCCACAUAUUACAAUCCAGUGUUGAAGGAAAAUGGCGAAAACAGCUCCAUACUUCAGAACCUGUGGUGGCCAUCGCGGCCCAUCCUACACACGAUUCUCUACUUGCUGGAACUCAGGCUGGAUCACUGUUGCUGAUUGCACAAAAGAAGAAGUCUGCAGCGACUGAAGAAGAAGCCUUGAAGCUGUCCAACCAGGCAUCAGCAGGUCAGCGGAAGGCUGCAGUAGAUGUAAGUGAAAUGCUUGAGAUCCGAGCUUCCGGCCACCCUAGAAGUCGAUGAGCAUUUCGCUACAAUUUGUGACUGCGCUCAAGUUGUGGCUGUCUUUGAGAAGUACUUAUCUGCUGAUGCCAGCCCGGGCUCUACAUUCUGGUCCAAGACCUGGCUGCUAAGAGACGAUUUAAGUUUUGUAUCAUAUGAACUGUUCCAGUUGUGUGCUCGAGUAGACCAGUAUGUUUAAGUAGGAGAUUUCAAAACAGCACCGUUUUCUUAAAAUAUCUAACGGAUCACAGCAUCCCGAGGCUUCUGAGUAGCAGUCAUCGAAUUUAUGAAUAUGACGAAAGUAGUCUAGGUAAUGAUACUAAAUCAUCUUAUGGUUAUACAGUUUUUUACAUCGUUUAUUAGUUUGUUAUGAUAGUGAUUUUGUCACGCGAUGUUGUACAGAAGUUGUUCCUCCCGAAUAAUAGCAUAAAUUAAGUUCAGUGCA